AUGAAAGCCGCCCACAAUUUGAUCGAUGACACCUUUGACAAACACGGACCUUUCGACGGUGUAUUCGGAUUCAGCACCGGUGCUGGUCUGUUGAUAUCUUAUCUACUUGAGAAGGCGACUCUUUACCCUCUAAGACCCCUUCCGGUUCAGUUCGCUAUAUUCUGUUCGCCUAUGCCACCUCUCUCUGCAGAUCCUGCCUAUACAAAGAUGAUCCAUGGAUCAUUAUCACCAGAAGACCAGCAGCGAAUUCGUUCUGGUGAGGAUGCUGAGAUAUGUCGGCUUCCAGAGCCUAUUCGAUCUUCGAUUAGCCUGACAGCUCGGUGUUUUGAUAUCCUGAAGCCUGUUCAUGGCCGGCCCCGCUCUGAUUUUCUCUGUCGCGACAUUCUAGAGGUCCCCUGUGUACUCCAACCUGAUGUGUACCGAACGCGCUUGAAUAUUCCAACGCUUCACUGCUGGAGCAAUAAUGACCCCCCAAUGUUUGCCGAGGCAGCAAAGAUGGUUGAGUCUUUCUGUAAUCCAAGACUACGGGUCUCUUACCAGCACAGUGCUAUCCACAAUUUACCUCGUUCUACAGUGGAGGUGAAAGAAAUGGUAUCUGCUAUGGGAAUAAUGCUCUCGCAGAAUGAGCAAGCGAGGCUUUGA